GACGCCGCCGCCGCCGUAAGGAGGAGGAGGAAGAGCAGCCGCAGCAGCCGCAGGCGGGGCCGUCCGUCGUCUUUCCGCCGCGCCUGAGGAGAAUCCCGCCCUCUUCCCUUCCGCCCUUCGGGGGUCCCCCUCCGUGUGUGUGUGUGUGUUGUGUGUGUGUGUGUGCUCGGCCGCCCCGCCCUCUCCCCGCGCCGCUUCUCUCCCCCCCCUCCCCGGCCGGCCAUGCCGUCUCGGGCAAGGUAAUGAGCCGCAGAGCCCCGGGGUCUCGGCUGAGCGGCGCUUCGUCCUCCGGCGGCGGCGGCGGCACCAGCAGCAGGCAACACUAUCACCCGCGGAGCUGGAAUGACUGGCAACCCAGAAGUGACAAUCAAUCAGCUGACCAAGAGAAUUUAAAAUACUCUUCAUCCAGAGACCGGAGUAGUUCUUCCUCCUAUGGAUUACAACCUUCAAAUUCAACGGUGGUGUCUCGACAUAGACAUGAUGAUAUCAGAGUCUCCACUGACCUCCAGAAUGAAGAAAAAGGUGGCUACAGUGUCAAUGGAGGAUCUGGGGAAAAUACUUAUGGUCGGAAGUCGUUGGGGCAAGAGCUGAGAGUUAACAAUGUGACCAAUUCUGAUUUUACCAGUGUUCAGCAUGGGAAUCGUGCUUUAGUCACAAAAGACAUGAGGAAAACACAGGAGCGAUCAUUGUCUUACUCUGAUGAGUCUCGACUGUCAAAUCUUCUUCGGAGGAUUACUCGGGAAGAUGACAGAGAUCGAAGACUGACUACUGUAAAGCAACUGAAAGAGUUUAUUCAGCAACCAGAGAACAAACUGGUACUUGUUAAACAACUGGAUAAUAUCUUGACUGCCAUACAUGAUGUGCUUAAUGAAAGUAGCAAAUUGCUUCAAGAAUUGAGACAGGAAGGGGCUUGCUGUCUUGGCCUUCUUUGCGCUUCUUUGAGCUACGAAGCUGAGAAGAUCUUUAAAUGGAUUUUUAGCAAAUUUAGUUCCUCCACUAAAGAUGAAGUUAAACUGCUUUAUUUGUGUGCAAGUUACAAGGCGUUGGAGACUGUGGGGGAGAAGAAAGCCUUUUCAUCCGUAAUGCAACUUGUCAUGACUAGCCUGCAGUCUAUCCUAGAGAAUGUGGAUACCCCCGAAUUGCUGUGUAAAUGUGUCAAGUGCAUCCUUCUUGUGUCUCGUUGUUAUCCUCACAUUUUCAGCACGAAUUUUAGGGACACAGUUGACAUAUUAGUUGGGUGGCAUAUUGAUCACACUCAAAAACCUUCUCUGACCCAGCAAGUCUCAGGAUGGUUACAGAGUUUGGAACCAUUUUGGGUAGCUGACCUGGCCUUUUCUACCACACUCCUGGGUCAGUUUCUAGAGGAUAUGGAAGCUUAUGCUGAGGAUCUCGGCCACGUCGCUUCCGGAGAAUCUGUUGAUGAAGAUAUCCCUCCUCCUUCUGUUUCACUGCCCAAACUGGCAGCUCUGCUUCGCGUGUUCAGCACAGUGGUGAGGAGUAUUGGGGAGCGGUUCAGUCCCAUCCGAGGGCCGCCCAUUACCGAAGGAUACGUAACUGAUGUUUUGUACAGAGUAAUGAGGUGUGUGACAGCCGCCAACCAGGUCUUUUUUUCUGAGACGGUAUUGACUGCUGCCAAUGAGUGUGUCGGUGUCCUGCUUGGCAGUCUGGAUCCCAGCAUGAAUAUACAUUGCGAUAUGAUCAUCACUUAUGGAUUAGAUCAGCUUGAAAAUUGUCAGAUUUGUGGUACUGAUUAUAUCAUCUCGGUGUUGAACUUAUUGAUGCUGAUUGUUGAACAAAUAAAUACAAAACUUCCAUCAUCCUUUAUUGAGAAAUUGUUUAUACCAGAAUCUAAGCUUCUUACGCUCCGCUACCAUAAGGAAAAAGAGGUUGUUGCUGCUGCACACGCUGUAUAUCAAGCAGUGCUAAGCUUAAAGAACAUUCCUGUUUUGGAAACAGCCUACAAGUUGAUUCUGGGUGAAAUGGCCUGUGCCUUGAACAGUCUCCUUUGCAGCCUGCAGCUUCCCCAAGCUUGUUCGGAAAUUCUCCACGAUGCUUUCAAGAACCACAUGUUUGAUGUGGCCAAUGCAAAGUUUGUUGUCAUAUUUGAUCUCAGUGCGCUGACUACAAUUGGAAAUGCCAAAAAUUCAUUGAUCGGGAUGUGGGCUCUCUCCCCGACGGUCUUCGCUUUGCUGAGCAAGAAUCUGAUGGUUGCCCAUGGUGACAUAGCCGUUCACUUUCCAGCUGUCCAGUAUGCAGUGCUGUACACCCUGUAUUCACACUGCACCAGACAUGACCACUUCAUAUCUAGCAGUCUCAGCUCCUCAUCUCCUUCUUUGUUUGAUGGGGCUGUCAUAAGCACUGUGACCACAGCUACAAAGAAACAUUUUUCUAUCAUUGUAAAUCUCUUGGGACUUUUACUUAAAAAGGAUAAUGUGACCCAUGAUACCAGGAAAUUGCUCAUGACUUGGGCUUUGGAAGUAGCUGUUCUGAUGAAGAAAUCAGAGACCUACGCGCCCUUGUUCUCUCUCCCCUCCUUCCAUAAGUUUUGUAAAGGACUUCUGGCAAACACUCUCUUGGAAGAUGUUAACAUAUGUCUCCAAGCAUGCAACAGCCUUCAUGCUUUGUCAUCCUCUCUCCCAGAAGACUUACUCCAGAGGUGUGUUGAUGUAUGCCGUGUUCAGCUGGUCCACAGUGUUGCUCGGAUAAGGCAAGCAUUUGGAAAGCUCUUAAAGUCUAUUCCUUUGGAUAUCAUACUAAGCAAUCACCACCACGCAGAAAUCCAAGAAAUCUCCUUAGCCAUUCGAGGACACAUGAGCAAAGCUCCAAGCAACACAUUUCACCCACAAGACUUUUCUGAUAUCAUCAGUUUCAUCCUGUAUGGAAGUUCUCACCGAACAGGGAAAGAGAGCUGGCUAGAAAGGUUAUUUUAUAGUUGCCAAAGAUUGGACAAACACGAUCCAUCCAGUAUUCCACGCAAUUUAUUGAAAACAGAGGCUGUACUUUGGCAGUGGGCUAUUUGGGAAGCAGCCCAAUUUACUGUCCUUUCAAAAUUAAGAACACCCCUAGGUAGAGCCCAGGACACGUUCCAGACUAUUGAAGGUAUCAUUAGAAGCCUUGCGGCUCACACCUUAAAUCCGGAUCAAGAUGUCAGCCAGUGGACUACAGCUGACAAUGACGAAGGUCACAGCAGCAACCAAUUGCGGCUAGUUCUGCUCCUUCAGUACUUGGAGAACUUGGAGAAACUGAUGUAUAAUGCUUAUGAAGGGUGCGCCAAUGCUCUUACAUCCCCACCAAAGGUAAUCAGGACCUUCUUCUAUACAAACCGUCAGACCUGCCAAGAUUGGUUAACUCGUAUUCGGCUUUCCAUCAUGCGCGUUGGGUUAUUGGCUGGACAGCCCGCUGUCACUGUUCGUCAUGGCUUUGAUUUGCUGACAGAAAUGAAGACUAAUAAUAUAUCUCAGGGAAAUGAAUUGGAAGUAACUAUCAUGAUGGUCGUUGAAGCCCUGUGUGAACUGCAUUGCCCUGAAGCCAUUCAAGGUAUAGCUGUCUGGUCUUCGGCUAUAGUUGGCAAAAACCUCACCUGGAUUAAUUCUGUAGCUCAGCAGGCCGAAGGACGGUUUGAAAAGGCAGCCGUUGAAUACCAGGAGCAUCUCUCUGCCAUGACAGGAGUCGAUUGCUGUGUCUCCGGUUUUGACAAAGCCGUCCUCAAGCUGGCUAAUUUGAACAGUGGCAAUAAUGCCAGCCCAAAACACUCCUUAAAUGGAGAUUCGCGGAAAAUGGUGCUGACUAAGUCAGGGGAUUCUUCCCCUGAAGUCAUCAAUUACCUGGGGAACAAAGCUUGUGAGUGUUACAUCUCCAUCUCUGACUGGUCUGCGGUGCAGGAAUGGCAGAACGCGGUGCAUGACUUGAAAAAAAACAGCAGCAGUGGCUCAGUAAAUUUAAAAGCAGACUUCAACUACAUCAAGUCCCUGAGCAGCUUCGGAGCUGGAGAACUUGCCGAAUGUACAGAACAACUAGAGCUGCUUCCUGGGGAGGACAUCAACCUGCUUAUUGGAGGGGCCAAAGAAAAAAUAGAUAUGAAGAAGCUCCUUCCAAACGUGUUGUCUCCCGAUCCCAGAGAACUUCAGAAAGCCAUUGAGGUUCAGCUGUUGAGGAGUUCCGUCUGUUUGGCCACAGCUGUAGGCUACCUCGACCAGGACCAGAAAUGGCAGCCCAUGACAGAGAACUUGACCAAGUAUCUGAAGCAGACGUCCCGCAUUGCUCUUGGGCCUUUACGCCUGUCCACCUUGACCAUUUCUCAGUCUUUGCCCGUCCUCAGCACUCUGCAGCUGUACUGUUCGUCCGCGUUGGAAAACACAGUCUCGAGCCGGCUGCCCUCCGAGGAUUGCCUCAUUCCCUUGUUCAGCGAAGCCUUGCGUUCAUGUAAGCAACAUGAUGUAAGGCCGUGGAUGCAUGCUUUGAGAUACACCAUGUUCCAAAAUCAGUUGCUGGAGAAACUGAAAGAGCAGAGUAUUCCAGUUAAAGGCCAUUUAAUGGAACUGGGGCUGACAGCUGCAAAAUUUGCUAGGAAACGUGGGAACGUGGCCCUGGCGACACGACUGCUUGCUCAGUGUAGCGAAAUUCAGCUAGGGAAAACCACCACAGCCCAGGAUUUAGUCCACCAUUUUAAGAAGCAGCCGGCCCCGAUUCAGAUGGACGAAAAAUGGGGUCCUGAGCUUGAAAUAGAAAAGACCAAACUGUUGUACACAGCUGGCCAGUCCACCCACGCCAUGGAAAUGCUGAGCUCCUGCGCCAUAUGUUUCUGCAAAUCUGCCAAGGCCGAAAGUGCUGUGGCCAAGUCCAUUCUGACCUUAGCCAAGUGGAUCCAAGCUGAGUGGAAGGAAAUUUCAGGGCAGUUGAAACAAGUGUAUCGAGCGCGACAGCAACAAAAUCUCACGGGCCUUUCCAUGCUGUCCAAAAACAUCUACACCUUGAUUGAUCUGCCAUCCGUUAAUUCCAUGGAGGAAGAGUAUCCGAGGAUUGAAAGUGAAUCCACAGUCAACAUCGGUGUUGGAGAACCUGAUUUCAUUUUGGGGCAGCUGUAUCGCCUCUCUUCAGCCCAGGCUCCCGAAGUAGCGAAAUCAUGGGCAGCUCUAGCUAGCUGGGCUUACAGAUGGGGCCGAAAGGUGGUUGACAAUGCCAGUCAAGGAGGUGUGCGCUUACUGCCAAGAGAAAAAUCUGAAGUUCAAAGCCUACUUCCAGAAAACAUUACAGAAGAGGACAGAGAGAAAAUCUACAACAUUCUUGGACAGGCAGUGUGCCGGCCUGCUGGGAUUCAGGAUGAGGAUAUAACCCUUCAGAUUGCAGAGAAUGAAGACAAUGAGGAAGACGAUAUGGUGGACGUGAUCUGGCGCCAGUUGUUGACAAGUUGCCCCUGGCUCUUGGACCUGGAAGAGAAUUCAACCGAGGGACUCAUCAAAGUGUGGAGAAAAGUUGUAGACAGGAUCUUCAGCCUUUAUAAGCUUUCCUGUAGUGCCUAUUUUACUUUCCUGAAACUUAAUGCUGGCCAGGUUCCUCUUGAUGAAGAUGAUCCCCGAUUGCACCUCAGGAAUAUUUCAGAACAGAGCACUGAUGAUGUCAUUGUAAUGGCCACCUUGAGGUUGUUAAGGCUGCUUGUGAAACACGCUGGGGAACUGAGGCAGUAUCUCGAGCACGGACUGGAAACGACUCCUACAGCUCCAUGGCGAGGCAUAAUUCCUCAACUCUUCUCACGUCUAAAUCACCCGGAAGUGUAUGUUCGACAGAGCAUUUGCAACCUUCUCUGCCGAGUAGCACAAGAUUCUCCUCACCUCAUCCUGUACCCUGCAAUUGUUGGCACUAUUUCUCUGAGCAGCGAAUCUCAAGCCUCAGGGAGCAAAUUCCCCUCGGCAAUUCCUACCUUUUUGGGCAACAUUCAAGGGGAAGAACUGCUGGGCAGCGAGUGUGAUGGGGCAAGCCCCCCUGCUUCUCAAGAGAGCCUAAAGGACGAGGCCAAAGUGGGCUUAAAUGAAGACCAGGCAAUGAUGCAAGACUGCUACAGCAAAAUUGUCGAGAAGCUGUCAGCUGCAAACCCAACAAUGGUGUUACAGGUUCAAAUGCUUGUAGCUGAGCUGCGCCGAGUCACUGUUCUCUGGGACGAACUUUGGCUGGGUGUCCUUUUGCAGCAACACAUGUACGUCCUCCGGCGCAUUCAGCAACUGGAAGAUGAAGUAAAGCGAGUCCAGAAUAACAACACCUUACGCAAAGAGGAAAAAAUAGCCAUCAUGCGUGAAAAGCACACAGCCUUAAUGAAGCCCAUUGUGUUUGCCCUGGAACACGUGCAGAGCAUCACUGCCGCACCCACCGAAACCCCCCACGAGAAGUGGUUUCAGGAUAAUUAUGGGGAUGCCAUCGAAAACGCCUUGGAAAAGCUGAAGAACCCUUCAAAUCCUGCAAAGCCAGGAAGCAGCUGGAUCCCUUUCAAAGAGGUGAUGCUCAACCUUCAACAGAGAGCCCAGAAGCGGGCCAGCUACAUUUUGCGCCUAGAGGAGAUCAGCCCCUGGCUGGCUGCCAUGACCAACACAGAGAUAGCCCUCCCUGGAGAAGUGUCUGCCAGAGACACGGUCACCAUACACAGCGUAGGAAGCACCAUUACCAUUCUGCCAACCAAAACCAAACCGAAGAAGCUGCUGUUUCUGGGCUCCGAUGGGAAAAACUACCCAUAUCUUUUCAAAGGCCUUGAAGACUUGCAUCUGGACGAACGGAUCAUGCAGUUCCUGUCAAUCGUCAACACCAUGUUUGCUACAAUCAAUCGCCAAGAGACGCCUCGUUUCCAUGCCAGGCAUUACUCAGUGACUCCCCUGGGAACAAGAUCGGGCCUGAUUCAGUGGGUGGAUGGAGCCACGCCUUUGUUUGGGCUCUACAAAAGGUGGCAGCAGCGGGAGGCGGCGUUACAAGCCCAGAAGGAUUCUUAUCAGGCCCCACAGAAUCCAGGGAUCGUACCCAGACCCAGCGAACUCUACUACAGUAAAAUUGGACCAGCCUUGAAAGCAGUUGGACUUAGUCUGGACGUCUCCCGUCGAGACUGGCCCCUGAAUGUCAUGAAGUCGGUUUUGGAGGAAUUAAUGGAAGCCACACCACCCAGUCUUCUAGCUAAAGAGCUUUGGUCGUCAUGUGCUACACCUGAUGAAUGGUGGAGAGUGACCCAGUCGUACGCACGAUCGACUGCGGUGAUGUCAAUGGUUGGCUACAUCAUCGGUCUCGGAGACAGACAUCUGGAUAAUGUGCUGAUCGACAUGACCACAGGAGAAGUUGUGCACAUCGAUUACAACGUUUGCUUUGAAAAAGGGAAGAGCCUGCGAGUGCCAGAGAAAGUCCCCUUCCGGAUGACCCAAAACAUCGAAACUGCCUUUGGAGUAACAAAAGUGGAAGGGGUUUUCAGGCUUUCUUGUGAACAGGUCCUGCACAUCAUGCGCCGAGGACGGGAAACCCUGCUGACGUUGCUCGAAGCUUUUGUCUAUGACCCGCUCGUCGACUGGACCGCGGGUGGCGAAGCAGGGUUUGCUGGAGCUGUGUACGGUGGUGGAGGUCAGCAAGCAGAGAACAAACAGAGCAAAAGAGAAAUGGAGAGGGACAUUACCCGCAGUCUCUUCUCCUCGAGAGUCGCAGAAAUAAAGGUCAACUGGUUUAAGAACAGAGACGAAAUGCUGACUGUAAUUCCUAAACUGGAUAGCAGUUUAGGGGAAUAUUUACAUUUGCAAGAGCAGCUGACAGAUAUUGAAAAAUUACAAGGCAAACUAUUAGAAGAGAGUGAUUAUCUGGAAAGUGCUGAAGGAGUUGAUCAUCCAUCUCACACACUGCAGCACAGAUAUUCUGAGCAUACACAGCUGCAAACUCAGCAGAGAGCAGUGCAGGAAGCAGUCCAGGUGAAACUGAACGAAUUUGAGCAGUGGAUCUCACACUACCAAGCUGCUUUUAGUAAUCUGGAAGCAACUCAACUUGCAAGCCUGCUUCAGGAGAUCAGCACUCAAAUGGAUCUUGGUCCUCCAAGCUACGUGCCUGCCACCACCUUUCUUCAGAACGCAGGCCAGGCCCACUUGAUCAGCCAGUGUGAACAACUAGAAGGAGAGGUCGGUGCUUUUCUCCAGCAGAGGCGCUCAGUUCUACGGGGCUGUCUGGAGCAGCUGCACAACUAUGCCACCGUUGCGCUACAGUAUCCCAAAACAGUGUUCCAGAAGCACCGUGUUGAGCAGUGGAAAGUAUGGAUGGAAGACCUCAUUGUUAACAUGACCAUCGACCGUUGCCAGGAUCUCUAUCGGAAGUAUGAAUUACAGUAUGCCCCUCAACCUCCCCCAGCGGUGUGCCAGUUUAUCAGUACAACGGAAAUGACUUUGCAACGCUAUGCGGCAGAUAUCAACAGCAGGCUGAUGCGACAGGUAGAACGGUUGAAGCAGGAAGCCGUCACGGUUCCAGUGUGUGAAGAGCAGCUAAAAGAAAUUGAGCGCUGCAUUAAAGUCUUCCUCCACGAAAACGGAGAAGAGGGCUCCCUGAGCUUAGCGAGCGUGAUCAUCUCUGCUCUCUGCAGCCUCACCAGGCGUAAUUUAAUGAUGGAAGGCGCUGCGUCCAGUGCCGGAGAACAGCUUGUGGACCUGACGUCCCGUGACGGAGCCUGGUUCUUGGAGGAACUGUGUAGCAUGAGUGGCAACGUCACCUGUCUUGUCCAGCUACUCAAACAGUGUCACCUGACCCCUCAGGAUUUAGAUAUUCCUAACCCUGUUGAAGCAUCAGAAGCUAUUCACCUUGCUAAUGGAGUUUACAUCUCCCUUCAGGAACUGAAUUCAAAUUUCCGUCAGAUCAUCUUUCCAGAAGCCCUUAGGUGCUUAAUGAAAGGAGAAUAUACCUUGGAAAGUAUGCUGAAUGAGCUUGAUAACCUCAUUGAGCAAAUAACCGAUGUUCCUUUGCAAAACCUGGUGGAGUCUCUCCAGUCUUACUUAAGGAACGCAGCCAUGGGUCUUGAGGAAGAAACACAUUCUCACUACAUUGACGUUGCAAGGAUGCUUCAUGCCCAGUAUGGCGAACUGAUUCAACCCAGAAAUGGCUCCGUUGAGGAAACCCCCAAAAUGUCAGCAGGCCAGAUGUUAUUGGUAGCAUUUGAUGGCAUGUUCGCUCAAGUGGAAACAGCAUUUGGCUUAUUGGUUGAAAAGCUAAACAAGAUGGAAAUUCCUGCCGCCUGGCGCAAGAUUGAUAUCAUCAGGGAAGCCCGCGGCACUCAAGCAAACUUUUUUGAUGAUGAUAACAAUCGGCAAGUCUUAGAAGAGAUUUUCUUUUUGAAAAGGCUGCAGACAAUAAAGGAGUUUUUCAGACUCUGUGGCACUUUUUCUAAGACUCUUUCAGGUAUCAAUUCAAUGGAAGAUCAAACCACUGUGAAUGGGCCGGUGCCCAUGGUCAACGUGAAAACCUUGUAUCGGAAUUCUUGCUUUAGCGAGGACCAGAUGGCCAAGCCAAUCAAAGCUUUCACCGCUGACUUUGUCCGCCAGCUUUUAAUUGGCCUCCCCAAUCAGGCUUUGGGACUCACCCUGUGCAGCUUCAUUAGUGCCCUGGGGGUGGACAUCAUCGCUCAAGUGGAAGCCAAGGACUUCGGAGCCGAGAGCAAAGUCUCGGUGGAUGACCUGUGCAAGAAAGCGGUGGAGCACAAUAUCCAGAUUGGCAAAUACUCGCAACUGGUUAUGAACAGGGCCACCGUACUGGCCAGUUCAUAUGACACCGCGUGGAAGAAGCACGACUUGGUCAGGAGGCUGGAGACCAGCAUUUCUUCGUGCAAGACCAGUCUCCAGAGGGUACAGCUGCACAUUGCCAUGUUCCAGUGGCAGCAUGAGGAUCUCCUCAACCGCCCACAAGCCAUGACAGUCACUCCUCCGCCUCGUUCUGCCAUUUUGGCCAGCAUGAAAAAGAAACUUCAUACUCUAGGGCAGAUUGAAGCUUCUAUUGCAGCAGUUCAGGAAAAAUUGGCUGUCCUCGAAGCAAGCAUCGAGCAGCGUUUGAAAUGGGCUGGUGGGGCCAACCCAGCAUUAGCCCCAGUUCUGCAGGAUUUUGAUGCCACAAUUGCCGAAAGAAGAAACCUUGUUCUUAAAGAAAGUCAAAGAGCAAACCAGGUUACUUUCCUCUGUAGUAACAUCAUUCAUUUUGAAAGCUUGCGCACCAGAACAACAGAAGCCUUAAAUCUUGAUGCUGCUUUGUUUGAACUUAUCAAACGUUGCCAACAAAUGUGCUCCUUUGCAUCCCAGUUUAAUAGCACCGUGACUGAUCUGGAGCUCCGGUUGCUUCACAGAGUGGGUACCAAUCAUGACCAUCCCAUUGGUAGCUCCAAAUGGCUUGUCAUAGCUCACAAGCAGCUGACCCAGGACACGUCGGCUCAGAGGACGGCGCAGGCUGAGAAAGAACAGCAUAUAGACACUGUGUGCGAAACCAUUCAAAAUCUGGUGGAUAGUAUUAAAACGGUGCUUACUGGGCACAAUCGACAACUUGGGGAUGUCAAACAUCUGCUGAAAGCCAUGGCUAAGGAUGAGGAAGCUGCUCUGGCUGAUGGUGAAGAUGUUCCUUAUGAGAACAGUGUUAGACAAUUCUUGGGAGAAUAUAAAUUAUGGCAAGACAAUAUUCAGACUGUUCUGUUUACACUAGUUCAGGCUAUGGGCCAGGUGCGCAGUCAGGAACAUAUUGAAAUGCUGCAAGAAAUUACUCCCACCCUGAAAGAGCUGAGAACUCAGAGCCAAAGUGUCUACAAUAAUCUAGUGAGUUUUGCAUCGCCCUUAAUCACGGAUACGCCGAAUGAAUGCUCCAGCCCGACGUCUGUUGCUGUGUGCCAGCCAACAUUUGCCGCAGCGGUCCGUAGCAAUACGGGACAGAAAACCCAGCCAGAGAUCAUGUCGCAGAAUACAAGAAAACUAAUUCAGAAAAACCUGGCGCCAUCGGCAGAUACUCCUCCAGGCACAAUUGCAGGAGCUGGAAAGAGUGUUAUCUCAAGCCCUAAAAAGGCCAUCAGAGACCCUAAAACGGGGAAAGCUGUGCAAGAGCGGAAUUCGUAUGCUGUAAGCGUGUGGAAACGUGUCAAAGCCAAGUUGGAAGGCCGGGAUUUGGAUCCCAACAGGAGAAUGUCUGUUGCUGAACAGGUUGACUAUGUGAUUAAGGAAGCCACUAAUCUAGAUAACUUGGCUCAGCUGUAUGAAGGUUGGACAGCCUGGGUAUGAAUACAGGACGAGAUCGGGUCAGUUUGGUUCAGCGAGGCGAGCGGCAUCCAUCAGAAUCAACCGGGCCUCCAUAGCAGCACCACAGCUGGUGGUAACGCCUUUCUGGGGCUUACUGUGAGGAGACCUCAGCAAUCUCGGUGCACUGGGAACGUCAGCCCUACAGAGUAGCUGCACUCAGGGAUAUGCUAAACACAAUGGCCUGGAACCCCCCCACCCCCACCCCACCACCCACUCCCCUUCUCUCCCCCCACCCCCUCCUACCCCUCCAGGGUCAAGCGUGUGGAAGCUCAUCGCCUGAACACACAGGGCCGUCUUUCUGCUCCAGAAGAACUGCAAAAGGUGUCCAGGGUUUUGGGGAGGGACUACUAGCUGCAGAAAGGGAAUUUGGGAAACGCUACAGACCGCAGAGUGAUUUGGAACUCCGUUCCACCUGACCCUGUGAACAAUGCGGGGGAAAAAAAACCAACGACGAUGAUGACGACGAUGACAACAACAAGCCCUCCCCCUCCACCCCGGGCGGGGAAAAAAAAUAAAAUAAAAGGAAGGAGGGCAGGGCGUGAAGAAUCUGCAGCAGAGGAAGAUUUUGAGAGAUUGAGUUCCUUGUCGCUCUUUAGUUGCUCAGCAACGGCGCUGGUUGAGUCGACCAGUUGGUGCAAAACGAAUAAAUAAAUAAAUAAAAGGGGGGGAAAAGGAGGAAAAAAAAAAACAGCUGCACAAGAUGAACUUCAGAAAUAGACUGAAAUGCAAAAGAAAAGAAAAAAAGCUGUACAUCAGCCGUAUUGGAAGAAUCCUCUGAGAAGAGAGCCUUAUGUCUUUUUUUUCCCAAGUUUUUUUUUUUAUCCCUCCUGGUUUCUUCUCUUUAACUUAGUUUGGUUAUUAUUUUUUUCUUUUUCUUCCUCCCUCCCACCCUUCCCCCAAAAGACAUGUUAAUUUCAGUCCUUGGUAUUUCACUCUUCAGUCAAAGGGAUCUUUGGUUUUUGUUUGGGCGAGCCAAAUUUCCCAAAAAACAAAACAAACCAAAACAAAAACCCCUCACACAGGGAGUGCUGAACAUUUAAAAGCCAUUGCCUUCUGAACGGGCUGAUCCAAUGCAAUUUUUGAGGGGUUGGUUUUUAAAGCGAGGGUUUUUUUUUCUCCUGCUUUCCUUUUGGUGAUCCUAUCAUGUACAGUUUCCCCGGAUUCACUGUGCAUUUCAAAUAAUACACUGAACAGGCAUCCAAUGCCCUUCUGCUCCUCUUCCUGCUUGCAGUGCGUACUCCUUUGUUCAAUUCAAUCCUCGGUCUGCCUACCAAGCUCAUUCUGUUGUGAUUUGCUGUAGUUUCUUUUGUAAACGUAGCUACUCCGAUGUAACUUUUUACCUUUUGCAACAAGGAAGGGGAAAA